AUGGAUCUGCCGGCGGGAAGUCUACGAGGUGCUGGUCCGUCUGGAUCUCUGGUAGCUGGGAGUGAGAAGGGUGAUAGACAUCAAGCUGGUGAGAGGGUAGAUACUUCAAAGGUCGGACAUGGUGCUGAAGAAGAAGUCGGAGAGCACCCUCAGCUCCCCAAGGAGCCGUGUUUUGCGAGGCCCGCGCCCUGGAUGUAUAAGAUACGACAGGUUACAGAACAGCUUGGAUCAUUGGCCGAAAGCGCUCGCAUCAUGCUCGGAGCCAUUGCAACCCGCGGUUCCGCAGGCCUAGGUGGCCCACCUAAUACUAGCGUGGAGGAAGUUGAGGGGACCAGUCCAGUGGACCGGCAGGAGUCUCCAGUUACUACGAGACGCGAAGUUCCGGAACCCAGUUCUCUCAGCAGUGUUCAGGAAGGAGGAGAGAACAAGGAUAACUUGGGAGUCGAGGUAUCUGUUAUUGAAGGAGGAGGAGACAGCGAGAAGCCUCAGCUGCCGAAAGAGCCAUGCGCAUCCAAACCCGAACGUCCCUCGGGCGGGGUUAGGGGACUCCUGAUGAAGGUUGCGACAGUAGCUACAGCAGCUGCGGUGCUACUUAGAGAGCUUGGCGAGCGUGGUCUAGCCAGCGUAAGUGGACCUAGAGCUGCUAUGCCGGCAGUCGAUGCCGGGGUGAACAGUCAGCAGUUGGAAUCACCACUCCAUCCGCCUAGCCCACUGGACGUCACACAGCCGGGCAACCCGCUUCCGACGCCCGAUGAUGUCGCCUCUGGAGGAUCUCCUUAG